AUGAAUAAAAAAAGUAUUAUUACUUGUACUGUUUUUAUGAUUUUCCAUAUAACGUUAAGUCAAGGUCUUGAAUGUUAUCAACAUAAUUAUUGUCUUGGUAACUGCCCAGAAUUAUCAAAUAGUACUGUUGAAUGUGCAAAAGACGAAAGUCGAUGCUGGAAAAUAACUUCUCCAUUGGGAACAAUGCGUGGUUGUGGAAAGCAUCGAUGUGAAGUACAAAUUAAUGUUGGUAUUUUUGACACUGCUAAUGUCUGUUGUUUUGACAACCUUUGUAAUUCAUCUGUUCAAAUUAAACUAACAACGGCGUCUAUUUUCUUGACAAGUCUAAUUACUUUUAUUUAUACAUGGUGUUUUAAAUAA